AUGGCAGACGCGCCACAAGUAGCAUACAACCAUUCGGAUCUACAAGUCGAUCAAAGUGAUGAGCAGCCGACUUUGGCGUACAGCUACAACUCCUCGAAAGGGCUACUGCUGCAGUCGUCCAAUAUGGGAAAAGCGAUGGAGCUUUGCUACGGAAUUUGA